CUGUGAUUAUGAUAACCUAGUUUGUCUAACCUAAAUUCUUUUUUUAUCGUAUCAGGUUUUUAAUUUUAGUUUAAUAAAUUUUACAAAGCAAAAUGGAAUCUUACGAACGUCCGUUUGAAGAGAAAACAAAUUAUUCAUUUAUUGACGAUAUUGAAGUUCUCAAAGAGGAAGGAGAGAGUUCUGAAAAAUGUGAGGUUAAAACUGAAGAAUUUGAUGUUGUCGAAGAAUUUAUUGAUGAAAGCCAAGUUCAUAACAGAGAAGCUUUCAUAACUAAAAUUGAGAGUAAUGCUGUUUCUAUUGGCUCAAAUGAACAUAAUGUGCCUUGUGCCAUUAAAACAGAAGAAAAUAUUGAAGAUGAAAAUAUUUGCCAAACCCCUGCAAACCAAGUUAUGGAUAGUAAAAUCCUCAAUUCACAUCAACAAGAUUGUCAGUUUUGUGAUUUUUCUUCUCAAAAUAAAUAUGAACUCAAGGAUCACAUAGAUACGGUUCAUUUGAAUGUAAAGCCCCAUAAGUGUCACAUAUGUGAUUAUGCUGCAAAGAAUAGAUGGAAACUAAGCCAUCAUAUAGAAACCCAUUUGAAUACUAGGUCGCAUAAAUGUCAUAUAUGUGAUUUUGCAACGAAUCAUAAAGAGCAUCUCAUAUCACAUAUUGAUAGUAAACAUUUAAAGAUAAAACAUCAAUGCAAGAUAUGCGGUUUUGUAACCCAUUUGAAGCGAAAACUCAAAGUGCAUGUAGAUUCAGUUCAUGUGAAGGCAAAACCACAUAAAUGUAAAUUAUGUGAUUUUGCUUCGAACCAUAGACAAACUCUCAGUGUACAUAUUCAUUCUAAACAUUUGAAUUUAAAACAUCAAUGUCAUAUGUGUGAUUAUGAAGCCAAUUCAAAGCCAAAUCUCAAAGUGCAUAUCGAUUCCGUUCAUGUGAACGCAAAACCACAUAAAUGUGAUUUAUGUGAUUAUGCAACAAAUCAUAAAUGGGUUCUCAAAAACCAUAUAGAAUAUAAACAUAAUAAAGGCAAAUUCGAAAUUAAUUCCGAUAAACCAUAUAAAUGUCACUUAUGUGAUUUUGCAACGAUUCAUAAAUCAGCUCUCAAAAUACAUAUAGAAAGUAAACAUUUGAAUAUGAAACAUCAAUGCCAUAUAUGCGAUUUCGAAACCAAUUUAAAAAAGAAUCUCAAAAGCCAUAUAAAUUUAGUUCAUUUGAAUAUAAAGCCACAUAAAUGCGAAUUAUGUGAUUAUGCUUCAAAUCAGAGAGCUAGAUUGAAAGCGCAUAUAAAUUCUGUUCAUUCUGUUUCAAAUUAACAACGCUAAUUAGUAUACAUUUUUCCAUCUUGAUGUGACACUUUUGUAGAGGAUGAGAAAGAUUACUUGAAAUUGAAAAAAUAUUUUUGUAAUAUUUAUAUGUAUAUUUAAUUUGAUGAUAUUUAAAAUUUGUCAGGUUUUUUUUUGAAAACCUAUGUGAAAGAAUAUUUUGUAAUAAAUGAUUCUUGUCUCAGUUA